CACUUACCACUUACCACUACUAGUCUUAGAGGUGGAGCAGAGAAAUACUGGUUAAGAAGAUUUUGAUCAUGGGUGGUUCUAUUCCUGCUCACAAGUCUGAGUUAGCUCUGACCCAAAGUCCACAGCAGGUCCGAGCCACAGCGAGCGGGCCUAAAAAGAAGGGAACAGUUCGAGCCUGGUUGGUGCUGAACACAACAGGCCAGGCCCAGGUGUUAGAGGCCGGAAAGUCUGAGAUCAUGAGCCGCACGGGCUUGCCAGGCAGGGACCUUCGGAGCCUGGAUCCAGUCCUGUCAUACCCAUCAAGCAUUUUGGGGCGUGAGAGGGCCAUAGUGAUCAAUCUUGAGAAUAUUAAAGCCAUUGUUACGCACAACGAGGUUCUUUUGCUGAACUCAAGGGACCCAUCUGUCACACCCUUUAUUGAAGAGCUUCAGAAACGGCUUCACUUUCAUUACUGAUUGAACUCAAAUCCGUCAGUGAGUAAGCAGAUGGAAUCACUCGUGGAAUGUGAUGGUUUGCUCGACGAGGGACACCGGUGUGGCGCCUGCCACAAAGUCUCCGAUGCCAAAGUUAGGAUCACAAUUAAACACAAUAAAGGAGUAAAAGAUAGUUUUAGAAUAUUUUUGCAUAUAUCCUCUUCUGUUGGUUGUGUGAAAGUUUUACACCUGAGGCCUUAAGGGCUAGCCGUUGAGGCUGUUAAUGCUUUCUUUAGUAACGCACCUGGUCAGUAAUGAGACUUUUAAGAAGCCCUCC